AUGCCAACUACACGAAGUUCUAAACGACAGUCUAUUGUACCAAAUGGUCUUAGUGAAGAAGAAGUAGAUUCAUCAGACUCUAAAGAUGAGAUAACAGAUUUUACUGGAGUCUUACCACCAGCACCACCGGAUGAUGAAUUAGCGCCGAUAGAUUAUUUUUAUUCCAUGUUUGACAAAGACUCUAUAGCACUUCUAACUGAUCAAUCUAAUUUAUAUUCGGUUCAAAUGAAUCCAAAUAAGCCUCUUUGCAUUUCUCAACAUGAGAUGGAACAUUUUAUAGGUACAUUAAUUAUGACAGGUAUUUAUUCAUUUCCAACACCACGUUUCUUUUGGAUGAAUACAACUCGUGUUGAAUCCAUAGCUUCAGUUAUGAGUCGAGACAGAUUUUUGCAAAUUAGAAAAAACUUACAUGUCGUCGAUAAUUCAAAUCAAUUAUUUGCUGGUGAUCCAGCUUUUGAUCGAGCAUAUAAAGUUCGUCCAUUACUUAAUAUUGUCAAAGAAAACUUCAGAAAGAUUCCUAAAGAAGAAAAGUUAAGUGCAGAUGAACAGAUUAUUCCAUUCAAGGGUAGAAGCAUUAUGAAGCAGCAUAUGCCACUGAAACCAAAUCGUUGGGGAUACAAAAUGUUUGUCUUAGCUGGUGGUGAAAGUGGUAUUUGCUAUGAUUUCAUAUUCUAUUCAGGCAAAGGUGAAAAGUCUGAGUAUGGAUUUUGUACAAAAAUCGUUCUUGCACUUUGUGAGACAGUUCCUCAUGAUAUCAAUCACAAACUUUAUUGUGAUAAUUUUUAUACCACAAUUGCAUUACAAGUAGAGUUAUUCAAACUGGGAAUUUUUACUGUUGGUACAGUGAGAUCGAAUCGAUUAGCUGGUUUAGUUAUGAAAACUAAAACAGAGUUAUCAAGGGAAGGUCGGGGGUCAAUGGAUCAUCGUGUAGCAGAGGCUUUACUUAAAUCUACUCCAUUACCACCUCCAGUGAAACUUGGACGUCCUUCUUUGAAAUUAUCAUUAGUUGAGAACAGUGCUUCAACAUCACCAAGAGCUGCACCGAGUCCUCUACCAUCAAAAAGUGUUCGGUAUGGCUCGAUCAAACAAAAACGUAAAGCAACGACUGAUACUGAUGUAAGUUAUUUAUCGACAUCAAUUUGUAGUCAUAACAGUAAUUAUUCUGAUGCAUUAUAUUCAACACUUCCUCAUCAAUCAACUGAUUUUUCUCGAACUUUGUCAUUUAGUAGACGUGAUAAAAUAACAACAGCAUCAGUUUUGACAAUAUCAGACGAAGAACGAAACUCGAAUGAUCUUGCACGUAAGCGUGAAGCCCAUAGAAAAGUUGAAGAAGAUCGACUAGCAAGAGAAAAAAAACUUUUUACAGAAUUAUUAAUGUUAAUUACAAAUCGAAGUGAUUCAAAGUCAAAAAAACUUCGCCAUAUUGAUGUACUUGAAAAAGCUGUUGAUGAAAUAUCUAAAAUAAAUUUGCGACAUAAAAAUGAUCCAUUACGUCCAUCAAAUUUAACUGAUAAUGAAUUAAACUUUUUAAAAAUUGAAGCAAGUAAUUCAUUCUUAUUUGUAACUACUAUUGAGCCAACAUCAUUUCGUGUAAUUUAUGUCACUGAUACAAUAAAUCGUGUAUUAAAUGUUACACCUGAUCAAUGGCUUGAACAAGAUUUUCUAUCAUUUAUACAUCCUAUGGAUUUCAUACGUUUUGGAAGUCAACUGAUGUCAUUAAAUCAACGUAUUGGAAUGUCAAUUCAUCUUGAAUGCCGAUUAAAACAAGGUAAUAAUGAUAUGCAUACAUCUGUUAUUAUUGAUGGUAUGACGAAAAUAAUUGAUGAUUCAUUAAAACCUGUACAAACAAAUAUAUCAGGUUUUCUUGCUUUUGUUGGUUUAUGUCAUUUACCAUUAAUAACACAAUACAAGGAAACAAAUAUAUGUCGGUAUAAAGAUCCUCAAUCGUACACAUUUCGUUGUCGUUGUUCACCAAAUGAUUGGAAAAUUUUUCUUGUCGAUCGUUCAGUAUCAACAUUACCAUCCAUAUCAUAUGAUUUAUUUCAUCAAGAAUCUAUAUUAGAUUUUAUAAAUAUUAAUGAACAAGCACUUGUAUAUCAAGCUUUAUUACACUCAAUAAUAGCACCAACAACUGAAACAAUAAUAUGUAAUUUUAUACAUCCAACUCUGCAAACUUCAAUACCAAUGACACUUGAAAUCAAAUCAUUUUUUGAUACAAUUCCUCAUCAAGCUAAUUUUAUCGAAUUAACAUUUGAAAGUUUAUUUAAUUUUAUAGAUGAAGUACAACAAAACGAUAAAUUAUUGGAAUCAGAUUCAUCAGUAUCAACUCAACAAACAAUUGAAGAACAACUUAAUAAUAAUCUGACAAUUCAAACUACACCUUAUUAUUAUUAUUCAAAUGGAUGGACAACAACCAAUGAACUAUUUUAA